AAUAGCCCGAUUUGACAUCGUGUGCAUCUAAAUUGCGGGACAUAUGCACAAGGACGAACUUCUGCAACGGUCUGUACGCAUUCGCGAAAUUCAUAAAAGUAAGUCUAGGCAUGUAUAAAAGGCCAGUAGCUGUGAGUGUUAUACACAGUCUUGAGAUUACCUAGGCACUAUUCAUCGCAAUGAUAUCUUGCGAUAACAAAAUCGUCAUCAUCACGGGUUGCAGCAGCGGCAUUGGCCUCGCGACGACCCUCUUAUUCCUAUCACAGAACGCUCAAGUCUUCGGCAUCGAUAUAUCCCCGUUCAACCAAGAGCUUGAUGUUGCCCAGAAAGCGUCUUUCACCUUCCACAAAACCGACCUUUGCAGGCCCGGCGCAGCAGAAGAGGCCAUAGCUGCUUGCAUCGCAAGAUACGGCCCGAACAUCGACGUGCUGGCCAACGUUGCAGGUGUCAUGGAUGGUUUUGGCAGCGCUGAUACAGUCAAGGACUCGGAGUGGGAGCGCGUCCUUACCAUUAACCUCACAGUGCCGGUCCGGAUGAUGGCAGCUGUAUUGCCCAGUAUGAAAGACCAAAAAAGCGGUGCCAUCAUCAACGUUGGUAGUUAUGCAAGUCUUUCCGGUGCAGUGGCUGGCGUGGCAUACACAGCCAGUAAGCAUGGACUUGUCGGUGCGACCAAGAACGUCGCGUGGCGCUUUCGCAAAGACGGUAUCAGAUGCAACGCCGUACUUCCAGGUGCCGUGCCGACCAACAUCCGUUCAUCGGUGGUGAAAGAGGAUGUCGACCAAGCUGCGAUGGAAAUAUACAACCCCGUGCAGAUGUUAUGUCAAGGUCUCAAAAGAGACGAUCUUCCAUACGGAUCAGUGAGCCCGGACGAUGUCGCCCAGGGCAUCGCAUUCCUUGCGUCCGAUGCUGCAAAGACGAUCAGCGGUAUUAUGAUGCCGAUAGACAACGCUUGGUCAACGAUAUAAGUCGCAGGGUCGAUACCAGAGAAGCU